GCGCCAUGACCCGCUCAAAGGCCGUGAUCUCCUUUUUGUGAUGUCUGUGGGUUGUGCUGCUUACCAUUGACAACGCUGAGUUCACAGAACGUGGAAGAAAAAACGGUGACGCGCACGUAUCUGUCUCUAACGUGUAAAUGUGCAUGCCAAUUGGGCCGCUCCACGGUAAGUCGCAUACCCUGCGAAUGAUAAGGCACUGUAAAUUAUAUGGCCGGCCUCUACCAUUUGACACGGUGUUCUAGACUCACUCAUAUCGUCAAGCCACCCACAGCAAAAUAUCUUACGCCUUGUUUGACUUUGUCCUCUCGAAUCCAGCCUCGCCAUUACAGUAGUGAUAACCUUAGGAAACCGUCGCCUGUCAUGGAGACCGUCACUGGAGCCGUCAGGAAUGUCCAGACCACUAUCACCGAGAACAUGGGCGGUAUUGCCCAUAGCCUCGCCAACAAAGAAGAACAAUUCGAUCUCAGCAAAGACGUCCCAGAUCAGUCAGGCAAAGUCGCCCUCAUCACAGGUGGAAGUGAAGGCAUCGGCUUUGCCACAGCAUACACCCUUUUGAAAGCUAACCUCGCCAAACUCUUCAUCAUCUCCCUACACGAAGACGUGGUCGACAAUGCCGUCGAAGAAAUCAAGAAGGAUCUUGGUUCCCAGUAUGCCGACAAAGUCGUCUGGCUACCAUGUGACAUGUCCGACCUCAAGGCCGUCACCGAAGUCGCCAAGAAAGUCCGCGAUCAAACCGACCGACUGGACAUCCUAUGUCUCAAUGCCGCCCGUGGCAUCAUGACAUACCAACUCACAGAGUACGGAGUGGACCGACACUUUGCAGUCAACCAUCUCGGCCACGUCACACUCACAUCACACCUACUACCACUACUCAAGAAAACCAGCAAAGACAGUACUGUACGGAUUCAGAUCCAGGCGUCCAACGCGCACGAGCAAACGCCCGAAGACACCAAGUUCGCCAGCCUCGACGAGUUGAACAGGGACCUAGGGCCUAUGCCUCAAUAUGGCCGGGCCAAGUUGACUGGCAUCCUGUACGCGCGAUACCUGGAUGCACAUCUGCAUGCGGAGCAUCCUAGUAUCUUGAUCAACGCGACGCAUCCUGGUGUCGUUGAGACAAAGAUGUCUGCUGAAGAUAUCCACGAGCCAUACCCCGUGCGCGGGUACGCAAUGUCAGUCGCCAUGAAGCCGCUUAAGAAGGACAUCUGGAUGGGAUGUGUAAGUACCGUGUAUGCCGCAUCUGCGACGGAGAAGUCAGGAGAAUAUAUUUGUCCGCCGGCAACCCCGGAGCCCGGAAGUGAGUUGGCACGAAAUAAGCAGUUGGGGGAGCAGUUGAUGAAGCUGACGAGGGAGAUUGUGAAGGAGAAGUUUGGAUCGGAGAGCGUCGAGAAGGGGUGUCCUCUGAAAGAUUAUUGAUCACUCCGAGCAUAACGGCGAGAUUUCA